UUUAAUAAAAAGUUGUCGACUAUAAUAUGGCGAAACUUCAACGUGUGGUCUCAGAGUCCGAAUCAGAAAAAGAGUUAAGAGAGAAAAUGUCUGAUUUGAGCGACGAUGAAGGACCGGAGGAAGUCACAUUUGACGACUCGAAAGUAGUCGCGUUAAAGAGCGUUAAAGACGCACAGGAUGCAGUUAAAAGGGGGAAAGAGCUGCUGAAGGAGAAGAGACGAAAAAGACAGCUGCUUUUCCUAGAACAAAAGAAAAGCAGACUUUUACCAGAAACUCUUUUGGAAGAAUUUGACACAGUGGCCCAGACACCACCAAAGUUGUCAGAUAAGAAAGGUGAGCAGCAGCACGAGGAGAAGGACAAAAAGAAGAAGAAGAAGAAGAAGAAAGUGUCUAAAAGUUUACAGGACAACUGCAAGGUGGUGCGGGUGAAGGACCGGUCUGCCAAUACCUCAAUGCAGAAAUCAGCCAUGGCUUUCAUCCAAGCACGUCUGUAUGGCCCAGGGAGCCGGAGAACAACCAACGCUGAACUUCUCUCUCUGGAGAAGAAACGCGGACUCAACCAAGGAGCUGCAGUGCAGUUUGCGAGUAAGAAUUGGGGAGCAGACGAGAAGGCCAAGGCGGAAAAGUACAACAAGAGGUUUAUUCAGAAACAGAAGUUAAUCUCCAGCUGAGACGUUUUCCGAGGACGUGUUUGCACGCGACAGCACAACGAAGACUUCCUGCUCGGAUUUCAGCUGUUUAGACCAAAAGUCACACCGCUGGAUUGAUUUGUGACUGGAAGCAGCUCAGCUCAGCGCUAAAUUAACCAUUAAGCAUCGAAUCCACAAAUCUGGGACAGAUUGUUUCUGUAUAGUAAGCAUUUUAUGAGGUAUUCUCAAAGUUAGGCUUUAAAGGUGGGACAAACCAUGAACAAAUUGCAUAUUUACAUUUAACAUGUGAUCAAUAACGUCCAACAUUUACUUUGUAUUGAAAAUGAGCUGCAGUUGAAAUGGCUUUCAUCCACAUGUUGGUAUACAUAAUAUCACUUUGGUUAAUGGUUUCCUCCAUUACCCAUAAUGCCGUUUGACUGCCUGAAAAACAUUCUGUGCCAGUGGGAAUUAGCCCUUGCUUCAAGUAAAGAGAGCGAUGCAGCGGCGCUUUUAGUUUAAUCUGAACAUUCUGCUCAAACAGAUCAGGUUCUGAAGCGUCAGUCUUUGUGUUAAUCCCACCGUUUACACCGUUGGGCUUAUCUCAGUAAUGUUUAACUAGCUGAGCAGAGUCUCUGCCAAAAUUCAACGCAUCUGCAUUUUCAGGACUUUCCAGAGUUUGUCGUCUCCACUAUUUUUACUUUAGAAAAAUGGUGAAGGGGAAAAGAAUCUCUUGCUCUUUUAUUUCUGGGCACUAACAGCGAAAGCUGAACGUUAUCAAUUUACAUUAUAGAAUUGGUUUUUUUCUCUCUUGUUAAUUACCAUUAAACCCGAUUAGGAAUGUCGUCCUAUGACGCAAGCACGGCUGCCCAAUUACAAAAAUCGCUAUAAACACGUCAAACAUUUCAGUUGUGAACAUAUUUAGUAUUUAAAUGCUUCUUUAGAGUUCAGUUUCAGGACUUUUUUUUUUUUCUUUUUUCUUUAAAGACAUGUGAAUAUGUAAAGGAAAGGUCUUUACAUUCUUGUUUUUUUUUUUUAUAGCAAGUCGAGGUCAGGUCAAAUGCUUUCUGUCUGAGGCUGAAUGUACAGUUUUUUUUGUUGUUUUUUUCUUCUUCUUAUAAAAAUAAAACCAACCCCAAAGCAA